AUGAGUGCCACUCCAGGCGCCCUUUCUUCUUCCUCGGCAACAACUUCUCCUUCCACAUCGCCCUCCCCGUCAUCGGCUCCUCUGAUGAUGAUGUCAUCCGAUAGUCCAGUAUUGACCCCUACAACAACAGCCUCCUCCAUCACAACAUCCAAUACAAUGGCACAUCCUACUGUUUUAGGAGGAGGAAUUGCUGGCGAUUCUCAUCAUCAUGGAUCCUUCUCAUCGAUGGACUCGGCCACCGGAUUUCCAAAUUCACCUUCUUCCAUGCUCUUCAGUACUUCAUCGGCAGGUACGAAUAAUAGUAGCAUCAGUAGUUGUUUAAAUACCUAUGAACAGCAAUAUCAGCAAUACAUGCAAAAUGUUCUUGCGAUUGGAUCCGAUCAAAAGCCUUCAAAAGAUAAACGUCAAAGCACACAAGUCUUUAAUGAUUUAUUAUUUCCCGAUAAUCUUGUUCAAGUGAUUGAAACACAGAAAACAACAGGUUCUUCCAGAGCCAACACUGUGGGUAGUAUCAGUAACGUACCACAUCAUAUCAAAGAACAAUUCAGAUACUUUGAAUCUCCAAACUUGUCCAUUGAUUACGAAUUACAUGGUAAAUUUGAGAAGGCUUCUCUUCCUGAUUUAAAUGUGAGAAGCAAACUACCUGUGUAUGAAGUGGAUGUGAGAGUGAAGACCUCAAGCAUCUCAUCGGGUAGCGCUACUCCUCUUACGGAUCAGUCCAAUAACAAUUCUGGUGGAGAUGGUGACCAAUCAUCAUCAGAAAAUAAUUUUACCAAGUUGAUGAAAGAGACAGAGUCGGCCGGUAUGACAAAUUACAAACCUGGUGAGACAAAGGUAAAAAAAGUUGAAAAAAUUGUCGACAGUAUUGACAAGACCUCAAAAAAGAUUCAUGCCAAUAUUGCACAUGUUAAAAACGGUUCUCAGAAAUUGAACAAAACCAUGUUUGUUUAUGACAUGAGCACUCAAUCUGUUGAAUGGGACUGGAAUGGUGGUGCUGAGGUGCAAAUUUGUAAAAGAAUCAAAGACAGAAAAGUACCUCUCAAACAUUCACCAAUUUUGAUUGAGUUAUUGGACUUUGUUCCAAAACUUUUCACUGAAAAAUUUGAUUCAGAAAAACUUGAACCAUUCUUUAUCACAAUGUGCGUAGUAGAUUUUAAUACUAAAAAGAGAAUUAGUGAGGAAUUUCAUUGUGACGUCAAUCACCAGUUGGCAGAUGAAUCCAUGAGAAAACUUUUUUCAUCCUCAGAUUUGGAACAAAAUAAGGUAAACAAUAGAGCAAUCUUCCAAAUUUCAGAGCGAUCUGUGGAUGUUUUCCUGUACAUUAGAGUUUAUAAAAUUAUUCAAGGAGAUGAAGAUGACGCUGCUGAACCAUACAUUAGACCAGAAAAAUGUAAAGACAGCAAGAGCAAAUUUGCAAAAAACGCUUCAGAGAAUGCUUCUAAAAUGAGACCAUACUUACAACCAAUGGCUUACUCAUUCCAACAAUUGUUUAAUGCGUCUGAUGAGGUAUGCCUUGAUAAUGAGGUAAAACACUUCUUAAGAACAAAGGGAAACAUGGGAGACGAACAGUUCUUUAGCACAUUUGCAAGUUCAAAGGAAUCUUCUACCGACUCCCUAAAUGCGUCAGGAACUAAGGGAAAGAUGAAAAACUUCCCUGCUGUUCUAAAGUUGAGGGUUGUGGAGUUGAAUUCUGACGAUUAUACUGAUCUAAAGAAUGCAAUGGAUCCUUUGGAAGGUACAACAGAACUUGAUAUGAGCAAAUAUUUUGAAGAAGAGGGUAAUAUUAGAUGCAAACUCAUGAGAGAGCUUGGCACAUCCAAAUUAAGUUAUUUCAACGAGUAUGACAACACAUUAUAUGUGUAUCCACAAAACGUUCAAAUUGGCUCAAAAGGUCUGAUUGGAUCAAAAUCCAGAAGCGUCAGUGUGAAGAUAGAAUUAAGAAAUAAUGACGAUAAUCUUGAUUCACCAGGCCUUCCUCUCAUAUACAAUCGAUUCAACAAAACUGGAAGAGAUUCAAAAACUACUCACGACUAUUCUACUAUUAGCUAUCACUCUAAGCAUCCAGAAUUCAACGAUGAGUUCAAGAUUCAACUUCCAACACAUAUCACUGAGAAGCACCACUUGCUUUUUACUUUUAUCCACGUUCCAUGCAAGAAUAAGGAUCAAGUAGCUAAGGAAGACGCUCCUUACAAAGCAAGUGUUGGAUCUGUUUUAGGAUAUAGCUUUAUUCCUCUCUUGGACUUUACUACCGUUGUUAAAAGAAAAAAACCUGGACAAUUAGUCGAAGAAGAUUCAAAUAUUCCAAUGACCUUUAACAUGGGUAGAUUGGUUAGUGGUAUUGAACAAUUACCAAUUUAUCAAGAAUUUAGCGACAAGAAGGGCUAUAUGAGCGAAAAAGUAAGAAGUACAAGUAAGCUGAUUGAGAAUGGAAAGCCACUCUUUGUGGUUUCAUUCCUGCCAUUUAGUACUAUUUAUACCACUGACAGAUGCCUUUCUCAUUUCUUUGCGUCCCUUCCACUUGUUAUCAGUGACAACGACGUGAGAGACUCUGUCAUGUUUGCAAAGAAUGAUACCAUCUAUGAUACCAAUUUGAUAGGCGGAAGUGGUAUUGUCACAUCUCCUUCAGUUGUUAUGAAAACCAUGUCAUCUGAUGACCUCUUUGACGGAGAAUUGCCUGCAAUGGGUACAGGAAGCCCAGUAUUAAGAAGAAGUAAUAGCGGUGCAAUAGUUUCUAGCAUGAAUCCUGAAUCUAUUGUGAUGAGAUACAUUUCAGAAAUGUAUCAUGUUCCAGUGAAGGAUUUAAUCAGCUUUUUACCUGCCAUUCUUAAUCAAUUACUGAGAACCAUUUGUACUGGAAUGUGCUACAAUCACAAUAUGAAAAAUGCCCAAUACCAAGCUUUCCUCUUUUUCCUUACUUGUCUCGAUAAAGUGAAUAGAUACUAUCUCGAAGCCAGCAAUACGAGAGGUCAACAAGAAGAAGAAAAAACCUCUUCUGACUCAUCAACAGAAAGAAACAAGCUAAUCAAGGAAUAUGUCGACAAAAUAUUUGUUAACUUCCAUCAUUGUGAUUCAUAUGUAUUCACAGAUCUUACAAAACAAUGGUUAUUUAUGCUCGAAGAAAUUCAAAUCAAGCGAACUAGAAGAGGAGAUCCAAAUAAGGCCAGAAUUGCUUUGGAAAACAACGACGACAUGGAAAGCAAACUUUCCUUAAUGUACAGUUGGGUAAUUUUCGACCUAAUCAUCAAAUCCCUCACGCUCUAUCUCCGAGAGAAGAAGCUCCUGAACAUUGUCGAUAGAAGCAAAAUGUUUACUGGAGGUAAUGGUAGAUUACUUGAAUUUCACAAUAUUCUCUCAAGGUUAGUCAAAGUCAUAGCGACAGAGACAGCAUAUCGAAGCGGUGCUGGUUUCAACGUGGCAAAGCUACUCAACUCAAACUUUGCCUUGUUCCUGAGAGACUUGUUCAAUGUCAUGGAUAGAGGCGUCGUCUUGUCUCACAUUGAAACAUACAUGAACUUGAUUACAAUGAAGGCAGGAUCAGAAGGAAAUGGAAACUAUGAAGUGAUCCAAGAAUUCAGAAAUACUUUCUUGGAAAUUAUUGUGGACUAUGAACAUUAUGUUCCAUUAUCUAUGCCAUACUUUUAUAAACCAAACAAGAAGGAUGUAGAUCCUAAUGAAGAUUCACAGAACAUUACUGAUGAAGUCAAGUUGAGCAAUAACCACUUUUUAUGUGGUUUGCUCAUGAAAUGGUGUAUCGAAGAUUUGACCAACAAGGAAAGAAUUGUUAGAAGCAGAUCAAUUGCCCUCAUGAGAAACAUGUUAACCAAGCAUGAAUAUGAUAAGAGAUAUCAGAACAAAGAUAUUCAAACAGCAAUUUCAAACAUGUAUUUCUCCUAUGUUCUAUUAUUUAUCGACAUUUUCCACAAAUUUAAGAAGACUAGUGAAUCUAAAUUAACGGAAAUUAGAAAUCUUGUCAACAAGUCCAAGAAUGAUUACCAAUUAAAAUUGACAGAACUCAGCAAGCAACAACAAGAAUUACAAGACCAAUCUCAACAACAACAACAACUGAAGGAGUUGGAAGAUUCCGUCCAAACAGCCAAGAAACACUACAAUGACACUCUCACACAAUUCAAAGAUGAGAAAGAAAGAUGUAAACUUGAAAAGCAACAAGCGCUUAUUUCCAUUUUGUUCAUUCUUUACAAUAUGGAUCGAGAACUUUUCAUGAAAUGGUUUGAAAUCGAAAGUUUUAACAGAAAGAAGAUUCUUCUUCAAAUUAUUUACAUGGCUGUGCAAGUUUUCCAAUACAGUGGAAGAACAAAGAUUGAAGAGAAUCACAAGUUAGGCAUUGGAGCACACACCAAUACUGGAAAAUCCUUGAACGAGGCAAAAUCUAAAUUAGAGAAUUUGUAUACUUCACUGGAUCGAAGAAUUCCUAACAGAACAAAUCCUAACGCCGGUCGUCGUAACUUUAGGGAAAGAAUGAACUUUUCCACUCAAAACAAGGCAUCUGUGAGAGGUGGAAUGGGAAGUGUUACCGAAACGUCACUUAUUGCUCAAAUGGGUAAAGGCAACACUGGAAGCGUUUCUUUGAAGAGUUCUACCACAUCUCACCCCUUGAAAAAUUCUGAAAAGAAGAUUAUUGAUGAUUUGGUGUUGUGGGAGUCCCGAUUGAAUGUUGAGAUUUCAAGCUGUAUUCUCUCGAUCAUGUUGGAUAUUUGUAAAAAAUUCCAAUUUACUUCAAUCAUGGAUUUAAUUUUGAAUUUGGAGAUUAACAGAAAGAGAAACGAAUUGGAACUUUUCCACCACAUUUUCCACAUUCUCAUGUCUUUCUUCAAGACAAAUCAAGCAGAUUGUUGUUUAACUGGUCUUUACCACUUACUCAGAGUGUUUAUUAAGAAAUUCAGGUCAACCAUAUUCACCAGUAAGAAUGCUGAAUAUAUCGAAGUACUUUGUAAACUUGUGCUAAGACAAAGCCAAUCUGUGCUAGAUAAGGUGAGAAGCCAGGCAACUGCUCUUUUGUACUGGAUGAUCAAACAAAACUAUUUAAGUGAUGAUCUUUAUAAUUUCACAAGAACCAAGAUUCAAACAACUGUUGCUCUCUCUUAUUUGGCAUCUGAAUUUGAAAAUGGUGUGAACAUUCAACUCUUGAGAGAAAGUUUCCAAAUUAUUUCGGACUAUGCUCAAGCUGAUUCAUCAGUUCCACAAUUGGCCCCACAAGAUGCCUUCCACAACGCUCAAAAAGUAUUUGAGAUUAAGAAACCAUCCGAAGAGGAUGAACUUGCAUACAAGAUGCCAUACAGUCAACAAGUGAAGCAACUAGUUGAAAGAUUGAGAAAGACUCUCCUUGAUACUGUUCAAAUUGAAGAGCUCAAGAAGAGAAAGGCUGAUCAAGAGACUAUGUGUGAUUUGUAUCACAGAAUUGCAGGUGGUUACAAGCAUGCACCUGAGCUUUCUGUGACUUGGUAUCACAACCUCGCUCAAGAACACAUCAAACAUGAAAGAUAUAUUGAAGCUGCCCAAUGUUAUGUCUACAUUGCAGGAGUUGUGUUUGAAUACUUAAAAUUGAGACGUGACAAGUCAGUCUGGGGAAAUCAAUAUGGCACUGAUCAAAAGAAAAUUUCUGAACUCUCUCAACAUUUCUUGAACAUUUCUCCAUAUUUGAGAACUGAAAACUUCUUGGAGUUGAAAGCUCUCUUCCAAAAGAAAUCAACAACUUCAGAAAAUAUUGGACCAGAAUUUGAAUCUCACUACUUUAACCGAGAUGGUAUGGUUCAACUUCUCUAUAGUGCCAUUCACUAUUGUAAAGAAGAUAGUUAUUAUGAAUUCAUGGCAGAAUUGCACAAGUUGUUAUUAGGUCUUUUUGAAAUUGAAGGCGAUUUUGAGAGAAUGAAGAAUGAAUAUAAUGAAUUAAGCAAUUUGUACGCCAAGAUGGCUGAUCCAAAAACAAGAACUGCUCGUUUAUUUGGAGCCUAUUAUCGUAUCUAUUUUGUUGGAAAGCUCUUGCCUGAAAAUGUUCGUGAGAAGGAAUUUGUUUACAAGAUGCCCAAGACUACUCGUUUGAAUAAUUUAAUGACCUACUUGAAAGAACAUUUCCGUUUCGGAAAGGAGCUUAAAAUUAUUGGAGACUCUCAAGUAAUAACUGACGCAAUGAAAAAAGAAGAUGAGGCCUAUGUCCAAAUUACCUCUGUGAAACCUUAUUACACGAAUAAUGCCCUUCAAUAUGAAAUUCCAAAUAGUGACCGCUACUUUAACGAGAAUGUUAACAUUUCAAAGUUUAUUUUCGAAACUCCUUUCACAUUGGCUGGUAAAAAAUCUCACGGAAAUAUCACUGAACAAUGUAAGAGAAAAACAAUCAUUACUACCAAAUUUACUUUCCCUUCUGUGCUCAAUAGAAGUGAAGUACUAUCCAAAGAAUAUACCGACUUGUCACCCAUUGAGAAUGCUAUUGAGAUUGUAGAAGGUUCUAUUCAAAGACUCACUAAUGCUUGUAUGGGAGCUGAACAUCUUACCAUUGGAGACAAGGACGAAGAUAAGAAACAAGUAUUUAGAUUUGGAAGAAUUUUGGAUGAUGAUUUUGAUGUCGACGAAGAGUUCAUUACUGAUCAAAGCUCAUCCGCUGUUGAAGCUAUGAAUGUUGUCGCGACUGAAGCUGUUUCAAAUACACCAUCUUCUCCAAACGAUGAUGGUGAAAAGAAGAAAGUACAAGCUGCACCUAUUGAUGUGAGUCAACUCCAUCUUGUCCUCACAGGUGUUGUUAUUCCAACAGUGAACGAAGGAAUUCCUCACAUUGUAAACUCAUUCCUCCAUCCAAACGAGGUUUCUAAAUAUGAGGCAGAAUUUGUCACCAAGCUGAAGAAUGUUUGUGUGACAUUCUUAAAGAGUUGCCAUCGAGCAAUUUUAAUCAGCAAUGAAUAUAGUAAUGAAGCUCAAAGACCAUUGCAUAUCAAGUUUGAAGAAGGCUAUGAUGUCUUGGUAAAUGUUUUUGAGAAGUGUAUUGACAAUAUUCCAAAUGAAAUUAAGACCAUUCGAAAGCACUAA